AGGGGUUAAACCCAAUGUUUUUACGUAUAAUACGAUAGUACAUGGAUAUUUUUUGAGGGAGAGUUGAAGGGGACAAUGCUAUUUUUAGAACCUUGAAUAGAAACCCGUCAAUGGUGCUCUCUGCUGUAACUCAAAGAAGAAACCAUCUUGAGAUCCCACUUUAGUUGGGAGGAAAAUGAAACAUUUUUUAUAAGGGUGCGAAAAUCUCUCUCUAGCAGACGCUCUUUAAAAAUCUUGAGGGGAAACUUGAAAGGGAAAGCCCAAAGAGUAUAAUAUCUGCUAGCGGGUGAACCCAGGCUGUUACACUAUCAAUCUCUUUUCCCCUUUGUUUGCAAAGUUAGGGAUCAUGGACCUAUACAAUUAAGCCAACAUGUCAUGAAGUUUACAUUCCAUCUUUAUUCAUGCCAAUUGGAGCUUCUUUCCAUGCUCGUCUUUGCUCAACCGAGAAGGACUGUCUACCAGAUUCAUCUUUUCCUUUAUCAUUGAUACGAUUACAAUAGAUAAAGGAAGGGGCAAGAGAUAAGAUUAUCAAAACCUUUAUGUUAAAUUCGAAAUGGGUAUUUAAAGGUAGGUCAAGAAAAGUUCAAAAGCUUUAUUAUUAGCGAUUCCUUCGCAGUUUUUUCAGUUAGUCGGAAACAAAAGUUUCCCCCACUUGGCAUUUGCUUUUGAUUUCUCUUUUUUCUUUCAUUGUGCGCUUAUGGCCAAUAACCACUCUCUGAAGGCAGCACUAAAUCUUCACCUUUUACGUCCAUUAGCUUUCGGUAAUGUCUAGAACCACAAUACCUUGAAUUGCUAGCUUUCACUAUCCCCAUUUUCAUUGGCUUGGCUGUAUUAAACUCUGUGCUGAAUGAGUCUAUUUAUGUUUUCUUUUUAAAUUUUUAGGACGUUUUAAAUCUUUACCAUCAAGAUCACUCAAUAUUAUCUUUAUAGUUUUUCUCGCAGUUAGUGUGGUCCAUCUCAAGAUAUCCACAUAAUCAUGUCUAAACUUUAAAAAAGAUUACAAAAACUUUUACACUCUGAAUCAUUUACUCAUUUUGGAAUCAUAACAUAAUUCGAUUGCAUCUCAACUUAGAAUAGAGUGUUUGUGCUUCCUAGAUCUUCACCUUAUUAUUACUUUUGUACAUUCUACAUUGGAAUCUGCAAUGAUUUUAGGAUUAACAAUUUCAAAAUCUUGUAUUGGUUCAUUUUCUUCUUUUUGCAUCUAGUUUUUGAACUAACCCAUCAGUCUUCCAAUCAGAAAACCAAUUUUUUAAAGCUCCUUUAUCAACUUUUGACAAUAACUUUCAUAGUGGAAACACAUGCAUUAUGCACCAAAUACUUGACUAGACAACCAUCAUGUAUUUUUAGGUCGUUCUACAAGCCAAAUGAGAGGAUAUAAAAAAUUGCAUUGGCUUAUAGAUCGAUUUGAUAAGCUAGAGUUUGUUAAUAUAGGCUUCAAUGGGGCAAUUUGUACCUCAUGUGGCAUCUGGUUUUGUAUUCACUUUUCUUGGCCUUUGGCACACUGUGAAUACAAUCAAAACCCAUAAUCUCAAAGGCUCUUCAAGCUUCAAGGUAAGAUUUUGGUACCCUCUCGAUCGCCCGCUUUCCAAACUCAAGUAUUUGGAGCUCGUUUUCAUGUUCUCUUUUUCAGUAAUUGCAAUUUUCAGACAAUUUUGGGAGUACCCUUUUGUUCAUUUGUCUUUCAAAGUCAUCAACUUGGAGCAUGCAACCAUGUUCCUCCACCUUGCCAUAUUUUCGGGUUUCGCCCUCUACAACGAGUUGAAUCAGUCAUCAAACUUGUUGUCUGGGGUGGAGGGCAUCUUUGCAGCCUGUGUCUUCAGUCAAGAACUCUUCUUGCUUCAUUUCCACUCGGCUGACCACAAAGGCAUUGAAGGCCAUUACCAUUGGCUCUUGCAGCUCAUAGUGUUUGCGUCUCUCGUGUCGGUGCUCGUAGUUGCUUGUUGUCCUACCAACUUCCCUGCAGCUCUUGUUGUUUCACUGUUGGUUGUUCUGCAAGGGUGUUGGUUCAUGAACAUGGGGUUCAUGCUAUGGGUUCCAAGCCUGGUUCCUAAGGGCUGCAGCAUGAGAAUCAUUGAAGACAAAAUGCUGGGAGCAGUCAUUUGUGCAACCAAGGAAGCUGAUAUGAGGGCUCGAGCACUUGCCAACCUGCAAUUCAGUUGGAUACUUGCAGGGAUUCUUAUAUUUACUGGAUUUAUAAGCCUCAAAUAUACUAAAUCUGAAAAUUGCAGCUUGAAGAUCCAGUUAUCGGAUUACGAGCAGCUUUGAGUGGCGCAAAAGAUUUCAAUAUGCAUUGACACAGCUACCAGCAGCUGGUGAAUCAACCGGUCUAAAGAUUGUGAUUGUGCUGUUUGUUAAAACCAUCGAUCAGAAUGUAUACGUAUAGAACUUAUGUACAUUUUGUAGACUGAAACUUGCUAGAGAAUGCAACUUUCUUGAUGAACUUAGUUUCUUUUUAGUUUUUACUUCUCUUUCUUU